GUCGACGGACACCUAUUAUAUGUGGCCCCUGACUUGAUGAUAGUAGCAAGGUGGGAGCUCCAGCAGAAACUGGAUUGAUGUAGACCAUUAAUCUUAGACAGUACCUCAUUCUAGGUAAAUGAAUGAGUGAAUCUUCUAUAUGUGGCCACUCGAUAGUAAGGAAGAGAGAGAAAAAAAAAUGCAGCAAGGUCUACUAGAUCCGCGUGCUGUCCGCACGCCGGACGCCAGUGCUCCACCAGAGUCUCCUGCACAGGUGACUAUGUCCGUCACUACCACCUCCAUGGUCAUGCCGACUGGAGUGGUGAUGCAGCCUGGUGGCCAGACGAAUAUGAUGCAACCUUUAUGCCGAGACACACAGGGGAGUCUACAGGGUUUAGGGUUACAGGGGAGUCUUCAGAUGCAGGAGGCAUCAUUUCAGCAGCUUCCUACUUUGGUUACUUAAAAAGACAUGAUAGAUAUCAAUACUUAGAAGGUCGCUAUUCUCUAGUUGAAGUAGUAGAACUUGGUUAUCGCUGCAUGUGCGACCUCCUAGAUGUUGUAGGGUCGCGGCGGCCUUUUGAGUCUUUCAUUCGAACCGGACGCGUCGCAGGUGGUAAUGGUUCCACCAGGAACGAUGAUGCCAGGGCCAUCGCAGCAACCGGAAAUGAUGCCAUCGCAGCAACCAGGAAUGGCCCCGAUGGUGAUGCCUCAAGUUCCUGUGCCACAAAUGAUCGCUCCUGCAGUGCCGCGGCCAUAUGCUUAAGACUGUAUAGUCAUCAGAAUUUCGCUUCGUUAUUACGAUGGAUGGGAUCAGAUCGCGCUUGGCGUUGGCGCAGUUCUUGCUGUCUUGCUAAAGGAGCAACGAGGAACGCAGGUGUUUCUUUUUCAUGCAUCGAUCUAAUCUCACAUUCCUGGCAACGGUUAUCAGUUGCUCUCUUCGUUGCAGAGAAUCGUCAUCAAGGAAAAGGUGCGCUUGUCCCAGUUACUUCUCGGUUGGGAUCGCCCAAAUGUCUACCGCAUCGUUUAAGGCUUCCACGAGUUCAUCUUUCUAUUUCUUAAGAAGCGUGUUGGAGAACGAAAAGGCUGUCGUGUCAAGGAAAAACGCCAGUGAUUUAUUUAUGCAGCAUGCUUCUCAAGAAAAAGGUGGAUUUAGGUAUCAUUUCUAAAGUCUCGACGCGAAUCCGUUUUCGUCUGCGCCACACCUUGCCGACGGGCCGACCUUGAUGUUCGCACGAGAGCGAUCCGACUGCUGUUCAAGGCAGUGCUGUCCUAGUGGUGUUCGUGGCUGGGAAAUGGAAUUAACGCUAGCCAAUUCUGGCGGCGGCCGCUACGACGAUGCUGCGGGCGAGACGCCCUAUUUUAAGGGUUUCCGAGUCACAUCCUGCACUGCCAUCCUUGGGUUUUUCUCUAGCAGAAAAGAAGCCCCAGGGAUGUGCUGAGGAAUGCAAUUCCGUAAAGCAUCUAAGUUUUUGUACUUCAAAAAGCCCCUCGCGUGUGCCUGCUGUUGCCUUUGCAGACCCGAAUUGGAAAUGUUCGACAUGGAAACACGACAGCUAGCUGGAGUAAUCACAAACCCAUUCUCCUGCUGUGGCAUGCGGUACAUCAUCCACGAUAACAUGCGGAACCCGGUUUUUUAAGGAGAAGAAGACGAGUGUUGUUCAAUAAAUUGAUCCCAGAAGACCAUGAUCUACUUCUAAUUCCCAGAGGUCCGAGGUAGCGUGUGUCAGUGCGGCAUGUGCUGUAGAUGUCCCUGCGAUCCUUGCAAGACUGUCACCUUUGACAUUGUAGACUUCAACACAAAGGAAAAGGUAGGCGCCAUAAUGCGGCAGUGGGGUGGCUUUAUGCGAGAUUGCUUUGCAGGAGGAGACGCAGGCGUCUUUGAUUAAGAAUGGUGGACGACUAAGUAACAAUUUUUGUCCAAUCAUAAUAUUCCAUGAACGAUGAUAACAGGGACAACAGCAUGCAUGGUCCAAUCAAAUCAUAGUGUCUAUUAGACAAGUUGUAACUAUAAUACGGCUCAGUGAUCGAUACAGUUUCAAUGCGUCUUUGAUGAUCAAGAAUCGACGAUAUGAGUUAGAUUUCUAUCGAAGAAACAUCGAUCAUAGGCAUCGUAGUACUCAAGCAGGUCAGUGUCUUCAUGCAGCUAGUACCGAACAACAGUCCCCUUCUAGUCCCCUUCUAGAAGUGUGACCAUAGAAAUACAGUUAUGGUGCAGAACUAUGGAAGUCCCCGCGGUCCUGUCUAAUGUAAAGUGGAAUUCGGACGGAUUGCACAUCCGCAAUUCAAGGGUUUACUGAUAGCCUGCGCGCUGUUUUUGAGUGAGGAAUAUUUCACCCGGGGAGGCGAGGAACAGCGGGAUGCCAGUGUACUAGGAGGUCUUGCUGGGCUCUUAUCUUAAGUGUAGUCAUGAAUAUAAAGGUAAAACUAGGAUCGUAUAAACUGUUAAGUAAACGUUAAUUGUCAACCACCAUCUUACUGUUUUGAAGCAUGUUGAACUUUUUAUAAUACCGCUGAGCUCUUAGAACGGCCAUAUCUUGGGUGCUAUUUAAAUGAAUUCUCCUCAUAGAAGAUUUGAAUUUUUGUCGUGGGCAUGUAUAAAUCCGCGAACCUGGUGGCGCGAUAGCGAGAUAGGGCUUCCGAGAAACCAUCACCUGUCUGAUGUACUUCUGAGUAUGAUCAUGCUGUUCUUAGAUCCCUCUACGAAAAA